GCCCGCCCGCGCGCGCCGCCCCCGCCCGCCAUGGCCCGGGACUACGACCACCUUUUCAAGCUGCUCAUCAUCGGCGACAGCGGUGUGGGCAAGAGCAGUUUACUGUUACGUUUUGCAGACAACACUUUCUCAGGCAGCUACAUCACCACGAUCGGAGUGGAUUUCAAGAUCCGCACCGUGGAGAUCAGUGGGGAGAAAGUGAAGCUGCAGAUCUGGGACACGGCCGGGCAGGAGCGCUUCCGCACCAUCACCUCCACGUAUUAUCGGGGGACCCACGGGGUCAUCGUGGUUUACGACGUCACCAGUGCCGAGUCCUUUGUCAACGUCAAGCGGUGGCUUCACGAAAUCAACCAGAACUGUGACGACGUGUGCCGAAUAUUAGUGGGGAACAAGAAUGACGACCCCGAGCGGAAGGUGGUGGAGACAGAAGAUGCUUACAAAUUCGCCGGGCAGAUGGGGAUCCAGUUGUUUGAAACCAGCGCCAAGGAGAAUGUCAACGUGGAGGAGAUGUUCAACUGCAUCACAGAGCUGGUCCUCCGAGCAAAGAAAGACAACCUAGCGAAACAGCAGCAGCAACAACAGAACGAUGUGGUGAAGCUCACCAAGAACAGUAAACGAAAGAAACGCUGCUGUUAAUGGCCCAGCCAGGCCACUUGCAGGGACUGCACUGUGGUCACUCCCAGCCCGAGGCCCGCGGGGGGCUCCUCGGGGGACAGUCUCAGUUUCGUGCCGUUAUUUAAAGAUUUCUCUCCACGUUUUUGUAUCUGGAGGCGCCAUCGGCACUUCCUUCCUUCUUCCCCCCCUUCGAGUGCCAAGAAGGUGUUGGACAAACCUGCCUUUCCCUGCUGGUGCCCCCCGCCCCGGCCCAGGUGUCCGGACCUGGCUCGGAUGCUGCCAGCGAGUGGACGAGUCACCAGUCUGUA